CGCUCGCAGCUGCCGCCGCCUCCGCCUCUGCUCGCCCCGAGGAGGACGCACAGCCAUGCCUGCGGCCCGCGCCUGGCAACUCCGGGCGGCGCUCCUCUGCGCCCUGCUCUACGCGCGCGGCGGGCUCUCGAGCCAGGCAGGAGAAUGCAAAGAGCUGGAGCAAUGCGACCAGUGCAUUGAAGGUGCAGCUUCCCGCAACAUCACGGACUGCGUAUGGAUGCACUGUCAGGAGUCCCCAGAGAAGCCAGGUACCGGGAGCUGUGUGGGGAAGGGAGAAUCAGCCAAGGAGAAGUGUUCAUUUUUCAAUGACACCAAAACAUGUGAAGCACCAAAAACGGCAAGCACCCCCACGGAGCCACCACAUCCAACCACUAAGGAGCCUCCAAAGCCCUCCAGUAAGGAGCCCGAGAUCCUUACACUGGGUACGACAGUCAGUCCACCACUCACUGGCUCCCCUGAGUUCCACACACCAGGCUUCGAUUCGGCCAGCUUCAUCGGAGGGAUCGUCUUGGUGCUCAGCCUCCAAGCCGUCGUGUUUUUUGUCGUGAAGUUCCUCCGAUCAAAGGACAGCACCUAUCAGACACUGAUCUGAUGGCUGAUCUCCAGGGAGCUGUCUUGACGUGUUUCUCUUGCGGGAGGAGUACCUGGCGAAGAGGCGGCAAGUCUUGGCCACGUUUGGAAGCCAGGACGACGCUCUCCCUUCCCAUCAGAUGGAGUUGCUGAAGCAGAAUGCCUGCUCCGGAUCUCAGCAACCCGUUCUCACAGUGGGUGCUGCUUGGCUCAGAUGCCUGGACCCUUUAGACUUGCUGCAGACAUGGUAUAAAAUAUGCACAAGACCUUCUGACUUGGAAGCUCGAGCUGCAGGGAGACCUUUAUCUGCUUUAUCAGUGUGGAUAUACGUAACCUUGAGGUUAAGAACCUCCUCAACCAAUUGGGAGAGGGCUUUUCCCCCCUGUUGCUUUGAGUUAAUUAUUAUUCUCAGCCCACAAAGAGCCAUUGAUCCCUUUCUCAGCACCUACUGGUUCCGUCUCUGCAUUCCUUGAUGUUGCUUUGUUUUAAACUAGGCCUCGCUACCACCACCAGCAGUGUUGUAGGCAAUGCUAAAUUAACCCCUUUGCAGGGGAACGUUGCUAGUCCUCAUGACUU